UAUUGCUACUAGUGUGCUACCACCUGAGGACGGUAGCUGCAUGGAAGUUUGUGAUUGUGAUUAGCGAUAAAUUUAUCAAAAUGAUUAAACAGUUUAUUAUUUGUUCAGCUAUACUGUUAUAUGUAGUGACAGCAAUACCACUCGCUGAUGAACCUAAUGACAAUAGUAAAACAGCUAAUAAUGAUGAAGAAUCGAAAUUCCGUUUACCACGUACAACAUCACCACGUGUGUACACGAUUGAGCUUGAUCCAGAUAUUAAUGGUGAAGAUUUUACAUUUAGUGGAAAAGGAACAUUCACGUUCGAAGUUCUUGAGCCUACUUCUUCUGUAACUGUACAUAAAUCACAGAGGAUUGAAAUAGACAACAGUUUUACAGAAAUUUUUGAUAAGAAAGGAAAUUCUCAGAAACCUAAGAGUCAAGAGUGGAAUCAACAAAAUGAUUUUUAUACUAUGGAGUUCGAAAAUAAAUUAGAGCCAGGAACUUACACUUUGAAAAUGAAAUGGACUGGCCAGGAUACUUGGGGCUCACCAGGAUUCACACGUGAUGAUUACUAUAUAGAUGAAUCUGAAAUGAAACACCUCGUUGUUAUGAUUUCUAAACCACUUGGAGCUCGAAGUAUAUUUCCUUGUUGGGAUGAACCAGCAUAUAAGGCUUUUUUCAAUCUAUCAGUCAAACAUUCUCCAACUCAUACUUCAUUAUUUAAUACGCCUGAAAAAAGUCAUGAAAUAUUGCCAGAUGGUAACAUCAUUACCCAUUUUCAAAUGACUCCGAAAAUGUCUACAUUUGCUACUUGCCUAGCUAUCACUGACGAUUAUAAAGUACUAAAAACCUCUGACGGAAAAAUGUCCUUCCACGCAUUAGAAAAAGAUUUAAACUCAUUGAAAUUUCCACUUGAAAUAAGUCAAACACUUCUGAAAGAAAUGGAAUCUCUUACCAAUAUACCCUACACAUUGCCUAAAUUAGAUCAAGUUAUCAUUCCUUACGCAGCUAGAUCUAACGCAAUGGAUAAUUGGGGAAUCGCCGGUUAUCAGCUUACAGAUGUAGCAUUCCAGAAUACUACUUUAGUCCCUAACGUUGAAGAUCUCGAUACUAUUUUAUUAGAACUAUCUAAUCGAAUAGCAUACCAAUGGUUUGGAAAUCUCGUAACUCCAGCUUGGUGGAAUGAAGCUUGGUUAAGUGAAUCAUUUGCUACGUACUAUACAUUUAAAAUGUUGGAAAAAACGGAUCCGUACCGAGCAGUUAUGGAUUGGUUAGUAGUUGAAUAUAUAAAUGAUUAUUCUUUCGAUGCAGAAUUAACUUUUGGUGAAGCAUUACCUAUCAAAUGGAUGCCACUUAAUCGAACAGGUAUUAAAAAUAUGAUGAGUCCUAUUACGCAUUUCAAAGGUCCUGGCAUUCUACAUAUGCUGGAUCAUAUUCUUGGUGAAAACGUGUUCCGCGACGGAGUUCAGCGAUUUUUGAAGACUCACCAAUUCGAUACUGUUGUUACUGACGAUCUCUGGAAAGCUCUUCAAGAAGUUUAUAAUGAAAACUAUGGGUCAGAAAAACCAUUAAAUAUUAAAGAGACUAUGGACCCCUGGAUCGAGCAAACUGGAACCCCAGUCAUAACUGUUACUCGGGAUUAUGAAACUGGUGAAACAAACAUAACACAAGAAAAUGUUCGUUAUGCGAAUUCAGAUAACAAAUGGAAAAUUCCUAUUAAUUAUGCAACUAAAUCAAACCCGGACUUUUCGCGAACUGUUCCGACUAUGUGGAUGGAACAAGAUGAAGAAACAAAAAAAAUACCUGACAUCGAUAAGGAUGACUGGAUUAUCCUUAAUAUUCAGCAAAGGGGUUUCUAUCAAGUUAAUUACGACGAAGAAAACUGGCAACGCCUUGCAGAAUAUCUUUUUAAGGAUCACGAAAAGAUUCAUCCAAUCAAUCGGGCGCAACUUCUUCAGGAUGCUUACAGAAUGUACCAAGAUGAUAGUUCAUACAUUGACGCACUUUUCAAUAUAUCAUUUUAUCUACACGAAGAAACAGAUCAUUUGCCAUGGGUUCCAGCAUCAAAAAUUAUAACAGACAUGCAUGAGAAAUUGCGAAAUACUGAUGUGGAAGAUUAUUUUAAAAUGUAUGUUCUGUUCAUCACUGAUGAAAUAACCGAACAUAUUGGGUAUGGAAAAGACGAAGGUGAAACUCCAUCGACAGUCCGAGUUCGAAAUAUGCUUUCUCCGUUACUUUGUGAAUAUAGUCACGCCGACUGUCAAUCUUUCGCUCAAAGACUAUUUAAUUCAUACAUGGAAAAUCCUUCAGAGUUUGCGUUUCCGAACUCGAAUUGGGAUUGGAUUUUGUGUAAUGGACUUAGGGAGGCUGAUGAUUCAGUAUGGGAUAAACUUAUGUCUGAUCAGCUUCCUAUGCCAGAGUCUAUUCGCAAAAAAAAAUAUACUUUUAUUAAAUGUGCCGAGAGUAAAGAGAAACGUGAUAAAUAUAUCGCUGAAGCAAUGAACGCUAAUUCAAAGGCAACAGCCAACCAAAUUAAUCAAAUGUUUUCAGCAUUUCUUGAAAAUAGUAGAGAUGAUGUUGAUUAUGCAAUUCAAUACUUUACAGAGCAUUUUGAUGAAAUUGCAAAAUACUUUGAAAAAGGAGAUGAUUUCGAUCUAUCUGAUCUUUUUAACAAUCAUAUAAUGGCCAUCAAGACACAAGAUCAAUAUGACAAAAUGACAGCAUUUUUCGAGCCCCGAAAAAAUACGUUGAAAAAGGUGUUGUAUGAACGCGUGCCAGCUCUCCAACGUGCACUCGAAGAAUCUAGUAGUAACAUUGAAGAAAUGAAACAAACUUCUGCUAUGUUCCGUAAAUUAAUGAAUUACAACUUUGUAGAUGAUAAAGAUGUUAAGUAAUUAUUAAAAUGUAAUAGGAUGAUUUA